UGCAGUAAGUGAAAUUCAUAUUUUAUACUCGCUUUUCUUCGACAUACACACGAGAGCAAUGUCUCUCACGUCUUUCUCACCUCACGUAUAUAGACAACUUGAGGAAAUAAUUAAAAAUGGGAAGAUAGGUAUAUGCCCGGGUGCUAUUAAAAUAUUAAACGCACUUCCUUCAUGCCCGAACUUGGGCAAAGAAAUGUUCUGUGACAGAUUUAAAAUUGUGAUACCAUAUGGAGGACAUUCGGUAGAUUGGAUUGUGAUUUUUCAAUCAUCUUCACCAGAUUGCCCACCUGAUUUUAUAUUCAUGAAUAAAGGAUUUGUCGCUCUCGACGAUAUAAAAAGUCUGUCGAACUGGGACUCGAACAAACCUAACUCUCUUUUGUUAGUUUUAAAGGAAUUUCUGCAUCAUUAUCAAAAGUAUCAAGCGUCUCGGUUGGAGAAUUAUUCUCGUGUGCAAUUCGAAUACUCUACUUUAACACAGCAAACAAACAUAUCAGAGGAUGAUAUUGAAGUGUAUGUUAGCGACGAGAAAGAAGGUCCAAUCAAUUUCCUUAUUCAACUUGGUGUGAAGUUUUCAGGAAUACCGAAAAUAUUCAGAAGUGACUUGGGACACGAUGUGGCACUCUUAAUGGUUACUUUCAAUGGACCAGAAGGUACUAAAAUCACACCUAAGUUGUGCUUGCCUCCCAAAAUCGAGCACGCCUUAGGCACCCCUCUGUCCUGGCGAUUACCUUCUUUUUCAAGUGAUGGAUGUUUGAUGGAUUACGUCCCAUUCGUGCAAGAGUCUCUCAAGAAAAGAGUCGAAAUGGUCUCGUAUAAUUUCGAAAAACGCAUGGAGUACCUUUUUGAGUUUUUGGAACAUUUUGAAGGAUGUUAUCUGGAAUUUGACAGAGAUUUGGCUUCAAAAGCUACUUUCUUAUUAGAACAAAAUGGAUUUUAUUUUCUAUUUCAUAUUGAUUUACCUCAAAACUUUCCCUUAGGCAAACCUUCCUUCACUUUUCGAUCCAUAUAUCACUCUUCCUUCGAGAAGCCAUAUUCAACUACUGUCAUGAAUUAUCCAUAUAAUCAAGGAUGGUGUGCAAAAACUAUGCUUGAAAAGGCUAUAGACUUUGUUCAAGAGUACGCAGUAGUUUUUCAGAGGAAUUCUGUACAAAACGGUUCUUCGCCUUGAUUGUUUAAUAAUUAAUAUUGGUACUUCUGCAUUGUUAGGAUCUUAAAAAGCCACAAUUUGAAAAUUUAUUUCCUAAUUCUGCAUGUGUAAAAAUAUUGAUGCAUGUGUUAGGCAUUAAUUUAAAAAUAUUAUUAUAAAGCAUACUUAACUUGUUUUCAAGUUUCUUAAUGUUCAUUAUUAUGUUAUAUGUUCAAUUUCUUAAUCAGUUAUGUUUUAUUAUUAAAUUAUAUUUGUAACUAAAAUUAUAAAAUUGCUGUUACACAAUAUAAUAAUAAAACUAAUUUAAGGAAAUUUUUCGUAUUAGUUUUAUAUAUACAGGGGUCUGUCCAGACAUUUUGUAAAAGGUCCGUUUUUGUAAAAUUGUGAAAAAUUUGUGAAUAUAAAAUAAACGUUAAGUCCCAUUCUUUCAACCAGGGUCCGCUUUUGUGAAUUUGUGCAAAUAGGGUCCAUUAUUGCAAAAAAAACUUUUUCAACGAGUUUUUAAAUUGUAAAGACAUAACAAGAUUAUGCUCAACACUGUAAAAUUAUAAUUAAAAAAAUUUAAUUUUAAAAAAUAAAUAGCGAUUGCAACUACUAAAUUUGCCAUGCAACAUAUAAAUAUUUGGUACUUAGCCUAUACUGCUGAACGCAGAAUAUUCAUUUCGGACGAAUAAAGGAAGAAGCGUCUGCCGAAGACAAAAUUUAGUUCGUUUAAAUCUGUCUUUCUUCCCCCCCCCUUCCUGGGAAGGGUUUAUUCGAUUAGCAAAACAAUAAUGAUGAUAAGCAAAUUUGUGAAGGAUCCAAUUAAAAGAUAAAUUAUUUUGUGAAGGGUCCGUUUUUAUGAAAAGAUAUUUUGUGAACUUCACAAAAUAUCUUUUCAUAAAAAUGGACCCUUCAAGGGCUCGUUAAUGGACCCAAAUUUCUUUGAAACAGACCUUUGAUAUAUAUAUGUAUAUACACGCUCACAAUAUUAGUUAUAAUUUCAUAUCUGUGCCUAUUUGAGUUGGUUAAUAUAGACACAUACUGUCUUAAAAGCUACAUUUUACAAAUUCUUUUUUAAAUUUAAUAGGGGUGUUCACAUUAUUUUAAAAUCAAUAAGAUCACAAAUUUAAAAUUACACAUAAUGCUUCAAAUUUAAAUAAUUGAAUAAUCAGACAUUUUAAUUGCAUUCAUUCAGUUAAAAAUACAUAAGUUGUGGUUAACAUUCAGACAAUUUUAGAAAUUUAAUAUCUUAAUUUUUUUUCAAGCAGUUCUGUAAUCUAAUAUCACGAUUCAUAUUCACACAAUUUUAAUAUAAAAACAAUUUUAGUUUUUAUGGGAUUUAAGUUGAGAUUACAUUGUUGAAGUGGUUAACAUUUGGGUUCCUUUUGGUGCCGGUAUUGAUAUGGAAAUCUUUACAUAUUUUUAAUUAAUUUUAAGUUAAAAAAUUCAGCAAUAAGAGUUUUGCCCAUGGCAGUUUUAGAAAGCAUUACCAAACAUGGAAUAGAAUACCGUAAUUGAACUGGGAAAAUCUCCUUAUUUUAAUAUUUAUAUUAUGUAAAUAAAUAUGUAAUUCUAUUUGAAUAUUCACUUGUGCUUUUUACCAAAAAAUAAAAUGAAAAAGAACGAAAAUAAUUUACAAAACAGUGUACAACAAUAUAAUAUCAACACAAGUAGGUUUUCUACAAUAAUAUUGUUAACCUUUACCUUUUUUUAUUUUGAAUGGUUAAGGCACUAUAAUGCAGAAGUACCUUCGUUUUGUACAGAAAUUUUGAUAGAAUUAGAAAUCCAAGACAUUAUGUUUUCUGUUUACAUGUCGCAAUAUUAAUCAGGUUACCUCAUUAAUUAUUGAAUUUAUUUUUUAAUGAAUUUGUUAAUUGUAUUAUAAGUUUAUAAAUAUUUAUUAGCUACAUACUGCAAAAUUAUACCUUGAUCUUAAUUUUUUAAUUAUUUCUAGAUAAUAGAUAGUAAACUUUUGCGCAGAUACUUCAAGGAUGUUCUUGAUAAUAUAUUUUGAUGAUUAAAAGAGUUGAAUUGAAUUAUUUAUGUUUGGAACUUUAUUUUUAUGCAUAUAGUUAUUAAUUUUUAUAUUGUAAUAUUGUUUACAUUUGACUCAGUAUAGAUGAAUUUGGUUUGUGAAGCAUAAAAAUUCAUUUAAUGUCCACUCUUAAAUAUUUUUUUUAUAUCCUACUUCUGGACAGAGGUCUACCAAGUGGCAUGAAUAACACUCCCAUAACGCUUGGGGCAGGGGGAACGCAGAUGAGGUUUGAAGGUGUAUAAUCCAAGAACUAUACACUGCAAGAUGGGAGUGUACAAACUGUGGUCUGCUAGCUCUUGAAAUGCAGCCUGCGGUAGCACCUAAACAUACUAAAAAAUAUUUUGCUUUUCUUGGAAAAUAAAAAAUUUCUGAAAUUUUGAAUAGUGCGUUAAAGUUUUUCUAAGAUAGGGUGCAUUUUUAAAUCUUGCUGGAGGUGGGGGUCACCUAAGUCUAUGUACGCCACUGAACCUUCAGGCUGUAAGCCCACUGGCAGUCCAAUAAAAAUUAGCAUAGGCCGGCUUGUGAAAUAACAAAACUCUUAAAAUUGAGGAAUUUUGAAUGUUUUUUUUAAAAUUAGUAAUACUAAAAAAGUUUUUACUAUGCUUAAAAAUUUACAAAUAUUGACUCCAGAAUAAAAUAGGGAGUUUUGACUCAUUUUUUGUUUAUAAUGAUUGAUACUAAAAAUUUCCUGUGAUAGUGAUAAAUUUCCUCGAAUGCCAUUCAUGUAAUUUAAGAAACGCUGCAGUUAGACUACAGCAUAGGUGUAAGCAUUGACUACAGCAUAGGUGUCCAUGGACAUUAGAGCUAUAAUCAAUGCUUGCGUGGCAUAGGUGUCCGUGGAAAAAGUCAUGUUCACUAAACUAAAUUCAGUGAAUACUCAGUAGGGAAGGUUCCUUGUGAAUGGAGAGUGUAACAAUGAGUUCCAGUUCUUAUCCCUCGCAACUUAAGCAUUUCUAUUCUGGAGAAUCUCUCAUAAAACUCUUAAAUCUGAAAAACUUUUGUUUCUAUAAAAUGAAUAAAUAUAUCAAUUAUUUUGAGUUGUGAUAAUUGCUCUGUAAAAAAAUGACCUAAUUUUCUUACUAUUAAACUUUAAAUCUCAAAUUUAAUUAUCUUACGCCAAAUCUAAAAUCCAUCAAAUAGUUUUUUAAUCCAGAAGCACAACUCAACUGAAAAUUUUUUGUGGAACUUCGCACAAGUAGUCUAGCAUUUAAAGCUGUUACAUUUUGCUACAUUUUUAUACAGUUCAUGGAAAAAAUUCAUUAUGUCUAUGAAAUGUAAAUUAUGGAAACUGAAGUUAGAAUAAAAUUAUGCUUAAAAAUUUUGAUUAAUAUUAAAAAUGUAGUAACUUAUGAAAAUUAUAUUUCAUGUUUAUUAUUUAUUUGAAAUUUUUAUAAUGUAAAUUGUGAAUAAAUGUAUGGAAAAAUGAGGAUUUUAAGUGAAUUGAAUCUGGAUUUAUCUUAUUCUGUAAAUACCUUUUAGUUUGUGUUUGAAGUGAUAUAUAGUAUAUAUUUAAUUUUUUUUAAUAUAUUAUGUUUUGAUAUAAUAUGUUUUAAUUAUAAAUACAUCAAAAUAUUUUUUUUAUUGUUAUUAAUGAAUUAUUUAGUAUUUACAUCCUGCAUAUUAAGUCUGCAUAAAUUGUUUGAUGAAUUUCAACAUGAAAUAUUUAAAUUAAUAUUAUUUGUUACUGAAAGAACUUUUAAAUAAAAGUUUUGCAAAUUC